CGGAGCCACAUUUAAAGCGUCCGGUACAACGUGAAUGAAUGCCGACUCUGUACAAGCCUCCUGAUCUACCUAGGGUUGUAAAAAACAUAAAAUUCCAGCUUUGUAGUGAAGGUGACUUGAAAAGGUUAAGCCAUGUUCAAGUUUUAAAAUGUCUUCUAUAUGGAGAAGAACAAAGCAGCAGAAAAGCCAUAGACUACGGUCUUUUAGAUCUGAGACUCGGAGCAAACAAAAGGGACGAAUUGUGUGCCACUUGUGGCCUGGAUUACCAAACAUGUAUUGGACACUGGGGAUACUUUGAUCUACCAACACCGAUAUAUCAUGUUGGAUAUACAUGGCACAUCGUAAAAAUACUACAAUCCAUUUGCAAAACUUGCUCUCGGGUCCUUCUGCCUGAACAACAGCGUAAUAAGUUUUUGGUGAGCUGUUCAAACCCUAACUUGGAAUAUGUACAUAAAAAACAGCUUCGGAAAGCAAUACAUAAGUUGGCUAGCAGGGUGCAUGUUUGUCCAUUCUGCUCAGCUCUGAAUGGAGUUGUUACGAAAGGCACUAGUCUUUCAUAUGUCGUUCAUGACAUGUUUCGUCACGCAAAAACAAAAGUUGAGGAAUAUGUCUGUGAAUUCUCAAGUGUGAUUGCAGAAAAUUCUGAGCUAACACAGGUUAUUCGGAAAGGUCUGGAGAUUAUACGACCCGGAAGAGCCCUGCAAUUGUUUUCAAAAAUCCCAGAAGAAGAUUUACCGUUACUUUUAAUGCCGUCUGGCUCUCAGUGGACGACUCAUCCACGUGAUCUGAUUGUUCAGAGAGUUCCUGUUUGCCCUAGCGCAAUUAGACCGUCAGUCGUUUCAGAAGUUCGUAGUGGGACUAAUGAAGAUGACCUUACUCAAAUGUACCAGUGGAUAUUGGCCCAGGCAGCAACAAUUGAGGAAGAUAUUGGUGAAGCAGAUCAAAUUGCAUGCUUGGAUAAUUUACACGCUGAAUUUGCACGGUUGAUUAAUUCACAACAGUCUGGUCUACCUCCUGUUCAAGACCAUAAGUUUAUGCGUGGUUUGCUCCAGCGAUUAGCUGGUAAGCAUGGUCGAUUUCGUGGCAGCCUCCUGGGUAAACGAACGAAUUUCACCGCUCGAACUGUCAUCUCACCAGACCCAAAUAUGCGAAUAGAUGAGGUGUGCAUUCCAGUUCAUUGUGCUAAGUUAUUAACAUACCCUGACCGUGUAACUGAAUUCAAUUUAAACUUUCUCCGAACACUUGUGCUAAAUGGGCCUAAUAACUAUCCAGGUGCUUUGUUUGUCAGUUACAAACUACGGGGUGAGAAAAAACGCCAAGCUGAGGCUACUGGUGUCUCUGAUGUAGUGAAACGCUUUUUAGCAUCUGAACGUGCACGUGAGGAUGUGGCAAGAUAUCUACAACCAGGCGAUAUCGUUGAGAGACAUUUACUUGAUGGUGAUGUUGUACUAUUUAAUCGUCAGCCUUCUUUGCAUCGUGUAUCUAUCCAGGCAUUUAGAGCUGUUGUAAAGCCCUUUCGUACUUUUCGUUUCAACCCAUGCUGCUGCACACCGUUCAAUGCAGAUUUCGAUGGUGAUGAAAUGAAUAUACACCUUCCACAAACUGAGGCAGCGCGUGCAGAAGCGAAACAUUUGAUGCUGUCUCUUAAAAACAUUGUUAGUCCGAAAAAUGGUGAACCGUUAAUUUCACCAAUUCAAGAUUUAAUUACUGCAACACAUUUGUUAACUUUAAAAGAUGUUUUUCUCAAUCGCGAUCAAGCUUGCGGUUUAGCUGCACAACUGUUAGCUGGUAAUCAUUUAGGUCGACCGUUAGGUUUACCGAAGCCAGCGAUAUUAUGGCCUAUUGCUUUGUGGACUGGUAAACAAAUAUUUGGUCUGAUUCUCUCACAACAUCCGUCAACUGGAAUUAAAGUUAACCUCAGAGUGCCAACAAAAUCUAUGUAUUCAUCAAAGGGUCAAGAAAUGUGUCCAAACGAUGGCUUUGUUCUCAUUCAAAAUAGUGAACUUCUUGCAGGAUGUAUGGAUAAAAAACUACUUGGUGGUGGUAGUAAAUCAAGCAUAUUUUAUACACUACUUCGAGAUUAUGGAAGAGAAGCCUGUGCAGACGCCAUGUGGCGUUUAGGUAGAAUUGCACUAUUUUUCCUUGCUCAUAGAGGUUUUUCAAUUGGAAUCGGUGAAGUGAUGCCUAGUUCAGAUCUUGUUGAAUCAAAAACUGCAUUAAUUAGUCGUGGCUUUGCCACUUGCGAUGAUUAUAUCAAACAAUAUCAGAUGAAUACAUUAAUCUGCAAUCCUGGGUGUAGUAUGGAGGAUACGCUUGAAUCUAAUUUAAGUCAAGAAUUAUCGAAAAUUCGGGAUGAAGCAGGAGCAGCUUGUAAACGUCAACUUCAUCCAUCUAACUCCCCACUUGUAAUGGCUCAGUCAGGGUCAAAAGGUUCAUUCUUAAACAUAUCUCAAAUGAUUGCAUGUGUUGGUCAACAAGUUAUCGGUGGUAAACGUGUUCCAGAUGUGAUUAAUGGACGCAGUCUCAUUCAUUUCCCUCCAGGAUCGAGAACUCCUGAGGCGAAAGGUUUCGUAGGCAAUAGUUUCUACUCAGGCCUUUCACCUUCUGAAUUCUUUUUCCAUGCUAUGAGUGGCCGUGAAGGUCUAACGGAUACUGCUGUUAAGACUGCAGAUACUGGUUAUAUGCAACGAAGACUAGUUAAGUUUCUUGAAGAUUUAGCAGUUGCUUACGACAAUACUGUACGUGAUAGUCGGGGUGAUAUAAUCCAAUUCCGUUAUGGUUCAGAUGGUUUAGAUCCUUUGGAAAUGGAAACCGAUACAUUUCCAGUAAAUUUUGCUAAGGAAAUGGAACAUAUAAGGACUAGUUAUGAAUGUCCAGAUGAAGUUGCAAUGUCUGCUGAAGAAAUAGAAUUAGCAGUCGAAGUGGUCUUUCAACUAGAUGCAUUCAGAAAUCUAGACAGUCAUAUAUGCUUGGCGAUUAAAGAUUUUAUCAUCAAUUUAGUUUGCCCACGGAUACGUAGAUGGCAAUAUUGGUGUAGAAAUAAUACAAACAAUGUAAACUUAAUCAAUCAAAAUGAGCGUUUGACUAGAACUCAGCUACGCAUAUUUUUAACACAUGUUAAAGAGAAAUAUGAAAAAGCUCUAAUUGAACCAGGAACAGCUGUUGGUGCAUUAUGCGGUCAGUCGGUCGGUGAACCAGCUACACAAAUGACAUUGAAAACAUUUCAUUUCGCUGGUGUAGCUAGUAUGAAUAUUACUCAGGGUGUACCGCGUAUGCGUGAAAUCGUCAAUGCAGCAGCCAAGAUUAAAACUCCACUAAUAUGUGUAACUCUAACAGAUCCAUUCUCAGCAUCAUUAGCGCGUCAAGUGAAAUUAGCUAUUGAACCGACACGAUUAGCAGAUAUAUCAUUAUCACUAAGUCAGUGUUUAACCCCAGAAUACGUUUAUGUAGCCAUUAAGCUGGAUAAAAAACGUAUGGCUAGACGAGGGAUUACAACACCUCAGGUUGCUACAGCAAUUCAGAUGACAAAAUUGAAGAAGAUAAAAUUAUCGCGUGUAACCUAUUCAAAAGACUGUAUAUUUGUCUAUCCAGUGGAUCUAAAUGCACUGGAGACUGUUGUCAAAUUGGUAGAAGAUGUAAUCGUCAAGGGAAUACCUGGUGUAUCACGUGUUGUAAUUCAACAAGAUAAAGGGGAACAUCGGAUUUUUGUUGAAGGAGCUCGAUUACGCGAGGUUAUGUCCGUACCUGGAGUUGUAGCUGAACGUACACGUAGUAAUAAUAUAUUAGAAGUGGAGCAAGUAUUAGGUGUAGAGGCAGCACGACGUGUAGUUAUCGAUGAAUUGUUAACAGUUAUGGAAGGACAUGGUGUAGAAGUAAAUGUACGCCACGUGAUGUUGUUAGCUGAUGUAAUGACUAAUAGGGGUGAAGUGUGCGGUUAUCAGAGAACUGGUAUGGCGAAAGCAAAGAACAGUGUGCUCUGUUUAGCUUCAUUUGAAAGGACUGGUGACCAUUUAUUUGAAGCUGCCUAUCAUUGUCAGGAUGACCAGUUAACUGGUGUUACAGAAAGCAUCAUUCUUGGCAAUCCUACGAAGGUUGGAACAGGCACAUUUGACCUCCUGAGUGAUAGAUAUCCUUUUCUGUGCACAGAAUUAAAUAAGAUUAUUUUUUUUUUAUAUGUGUGCAUAUACUUCCUCAUACCUUAAUUCAUAUUUUGUCAAAUUAGAAUACUAUGGAUUAAAGUAAUUAGUAUACAUCCUGCUUUUAUAGCUAGCAUCUUCAAAAGUAUGAUCACAAGAAUACUGAAUCAGUAGGGGUUACAAGAGUACAUAUUAAGUUCUUUAAUGUGUUUCAUUAAAGUAACAGGAUUGCCUGUAUCCCGUUAGUCUUAUUUUAUAUGUAGGAAUGAUGCAUAAGUAAAGCUUUCACAUAAUAGUAUUAUUCAAAUGCAUCGAUAAAAAUAGUGGGCAAUGGUAUACCGUCAAAAUCAUGAGACUUGACUAAAUUUUAUUAUCGUGGUAUAGGAUUUAUGUUCUGUUUACAGAUGAUACUAUUGUCUUUAAAUGGACACUUGAUUAUAAAGAAACCCAAUAGAUUAGUCAUAAAGUGUCUACAUGAUAGUAUAUGAAAUCACUGACAAGAAAAACUUCAGUUUUUUUUGAAGUUGUGGAUAUGCUUUGCUAAUCAUCAGGUAUUCCCUGUUGAUUUCAGACUUCUAAAACCAAUGUGGUAUACUAUGUUAUGAUAACUUAUGCAUGGAUACAGUGCAAAUGACUUUGGUCGAAUUUUCUCAUUGUACCAAUGUAGCAGGUUAUUGUUAACCCGGCCAUUCUAAUUUUCUUUUCUGAUAGUGGUCACUACUCCUAUUGGUAUGUUAAUCUCCUUUUCAAUCACAAGGCAUUAAUUCAAUGUGAAAAUUGAGUGCUACCUGUAACCUUAACAUUACAUUUAUUUGGUUUUAUUGAAAUCUUGUCCACGUGGGAAAAGAAUUUGGAACUGGAAAUGAAGCCUACAUUGUUGGAGUUCUAAGGCGGACAGUGUGUAUAUAUUUGUAUCAACACUAGUUCGCUUUAGUUGUACAAAAUCUCAUUUCUUCAUUCACAGAAAUAUACUUACAUUUGACAAUUGGAAUUUACUUGUGGUUUCAUAGUGUAUUCGGUACAACACCGUUGUUUUGUUUUCUUCCGUUUGUCUGAUGCAACAUGGCAUUCAUGUAUAUGCACAAAAUCGGUAGUCGUGUUAUCCUUUUGCUUGCAUAUU